GUGGGCCAGGAUUAUGGCGAGCACUAGGCGCCGUGUUAAAUUAUAUACAUUAAACGAAGACCGGCAGUGGGAUGACCGUGGUACGGGGCACGUGUCUUCGUCGUACGUUGAACGUUUACAGGGAAUGUCGAUCAUGGUUCGAUCCGAAGAAGACGGUUUGUGGAGAUUGUUCUGUCCGCUGCUAUUACUUGUUUUAUUUUAUUAUGGCUAUUUUUUCGAGAAAACCCGAAAACCUGUUGUAUAUUGACCCCGGUUGCUUCGUUUACAGGUUCAAUUCUGCUCGAGUCAAAAAUACAGCCGCACACUGCCUAUCAGAAACAACAGGUACAUUUCGUCAUUUGUAGUAUUUUUGAAAUUAUGCUGGUUUCUCGUAAAGGUUCUGUUAUAAUGAUAAUUGCAUUUUUUUUCACGAUAGGAGACUCUAAUUGUGUGGUCAGAGGGCGACAACUACGAUCUAGCACUUAGUUUUCAAGAGAAAGCGGGCUGCGAUGAGAUUUGGGAAAAAAUUUGUCAGGUAGGCUCAUUCUUCGAUAGCGUGAAUACGUUUUCAUUUGUAAAAGCUUAGGUUAUGAGAUGAGUUCCUUGUAUAACAGUAAUGGAACGUUACUUAAAAGUGAAAGGUGCAUUUGUUUGGUAUUUAACAAAUCUAUCGCCUACCCACAAACUCUUACGAAAUCAUUAAAUGUCACUUCUGUCAGUGAAAAUCAAGUCUCUUGAACAUCGAUUUUUUUCUCCUCUACAUAGUAGCGUGCUAAAUUAAUUCUCUUUGGCAGAUUCAAGGAAAAGAUCCAUCUGUUACCAUUACGCAAGAUAUCCCCGAAGACGAUGAGUCGGAAGAAAGAUUUGAGGAAGUUAUGGAUUCAACAGGCCCAAUUGAAUUACCCGCUUGCGAACUUAGUAAACUCGACGAAAUCGCCGAGUUAUUUAACAGUGUUCUACCCUCACCGAUUCGUCGAGAAAAGUUAGCACUGGCUAUCGAACAAGACAAUUACAUCAGGAAACUGCUGGAUUUGUUUCACAUCUGUGAAGAUUUAGAAAACUUAGAAGGACUUCACCAUUUGUAUGAUAUUUUUAAGUCAUUGUUUUUUAUGAACAAGCCUUCGUUGCUCGAGAUUAUGUUGGCUGAUGAUUUAGUCUUCGAUGUAGUUGGCUGUCUGGAGUACGACCCUGGCAAAUCGGCCCCACAACGGCAUAGAUUAUUUUUAAAGGAGAGCGCGAACUUCAAAGAGAUCAUUCCUAUAACGAACUCGGAUAUUAUAAACAAGAUUCAUCAAACGUAUCGUGUACAGUACAUCGCCGACGUAAUUCUUCCUCCUCCUUCGGUUUUUGAUGACAAUAUGCUGGCUUCAGUGCAUUCGUUUAUACUUUUUAAUAGGAUAGAAAUUGCCACACAUCUGCAGGUGGGUCAACUUUUAUAUUUUCAAAAGAAUUGCCAGAGUAAGUAAAAAUUGUUGUUGUUAAGGAAGAAUCAAACGACGUUCUUUACGUUUCUAUUUGAAAUCUGAGCUUCACCAACCAUUGUCAAAAAUCAUAGUUUUCACAUUUCCGCCGGCUGACAGUAAGAAAAUUAAAAUUGAUAAAAUAUAUCAGUGCUUUUCCUGUACAUAAACCAGGAGGAUUUUUCUUAAGAUCUGUUUAAAUUUUGACAGAACUUUCAGUCAAUCCUGAAAGUUUCUUCAGCCUAUUAUUAGAAUUUUCUCUCAGAAUAUCAAAUUACAAAUCUUUGUAUUUUGUUACAGAAAUUGUGGUCAGUUGGGUUUGAGUUUAAUACGUUUGUGAUCACGAUUUCAUACAUUGGUGCUAUAAGUUUAUGCUACUUCCCAGGGUCAUCAUGUUGUGUGUUGACCUAAACUUUUAGACCCCUUAAAACUACCCUUGAUCACAUGCACAGGUGUUUCAGAAAUGGCUAUUGACAUUUCUUUUGUUUUUAAAGCAAAAAAUAUUGUUUAUCUUGACAUUUCUUACAAUCAUGUAGUCGCUGCACUGUAUGACUAAUGUGCAUCUCAGCAAAAUCAAUGAAACAGUCUUUUCCUCGAAAGAUAGUUGGACCAGUUGUAAUUCAAUCCAGUUUUAGAGUUAAAAUGAAAUCUGAAAAUUUCUCCUAUUCUGUUUUGGUGAAACAUACUCUUCGGUGCAUUCACAAAUAUGGUUGGCUUGUUUUGAAAGUUGUAAGUAACACUGCCUCAAAACAAAAGUUGUUGGAGUUUUUAGUAUUUAUUGUACUGUACUUGUGGGAAGUCCGAUACUAAUGUGAUGUUAGUCUCAACUCUAUUUUUUUUAAUUAUUUGCACGAGGCUUUGUUUAACAGGAUAUGAUCAUUGUUCAUUGUACUUCAAUUUACUACCCUGUGUCCCUGAGAACUUACCAAAAAAAUUGUACCAAUAACAAAGGGUUGUUGCAAAAGCUUUCUAACUUUGUGGACUGCCAGUGAAAGUUGCAUUUUCCACAGUUACCAUGUUGGCAAAUCUGAAAAUCACCAAUAAAGUCUUCUCUCUUUAUCCUUGAAACACUUUCACUCUCAACUUUUAUGACUAUUUCCUUUUUUUGUUUUGCUUCAAUGCUCGAGGAUUUAACAUUUUUAUAGACAUCUGAAGUUAGGGUGCCAGGAUGGCUGUUGAUAAAAGGUCUUAAAUAGUUAAUGCCAUCCUUGUAGACCAGGUCCAGCUGUCUGCAUUAUAUACAGCUGUUUUGAGAAAGGUUGUCGGAAGAAAUGCGCACCCGACAAUCCCAAAAGGUAAUAUGGGAUAUGAUCAAUACACUGUUCGUAACGACUGAACCUGUCAAACCUACUUUUGUUGCUCUCCUUUAGUACUCGCGCACAUAUGUCCGGGGCCUCCCUUACCAUUCUUUCAAAUUUCUUUGAAGAACAGUGCCCUCAAAGACAUGUUUCAGCUUAUUUUUAAAAGAGAGCAAAUAGCAUGCCGUAGCCCCUUAAAUGGAUGUGCAUGAAUGUUCCAUGAAAUUUAAAACACAAAUUGCAGCUGAGUGUUCAGCAUUUUAUUGGGAAUUGUGAUUACGUAUCUUUUUUAUACUGGUUCUUAUUUGGGUAUGUAGUGUUUACUCAUAGAAAUUCAACUGGCUUUUAAUUUUUUUCUUAACAGGAUGAUGAAAAGUUUUUAGCAGACAUGUUUUUGCAACUCGCUGAUGAAGACACGUUGGAAGAGAAAAAGAAACAACUGGUACAAUAUUAUUAGAAUGUGACCUCACAUGGGAAAAUGUACACUAACAGCUAUCCAUUAAAACGGCAUAAAGCGUUAGAUCUCCAUUUGUUAUCCGAUAAAAUGUUUUAUCAAACCGUUAAUCUGUUAGACAAACCAUUUUCGUUUUAACCCAUUCUGUUAAAAUGGUAGUCGCCAACGGUUAGAUUGAUAUAGCAAGCUGUUUUAAUGGCAAACACUAUCCGUUUACAGUUAAACCUCUUUAUACGGACUCCAAAGGGACAGAACCAAUUGUCCACCUUACAGAGGUGUCCAUAUUAUAGAGCUCUGGCAGGGAAUGUAUGAUUUUUGGCAUUUCUGGGAUCUAACGAACUGUCCAUAAUAGAGAGUUGUCCGUAAGGAGAGGUUAGACUGUAGUUGAUUCCAGAAAGCAUUAAAAACGGCAGUCUCCAAAAUGGCAAAAAAAUCACAAGCUGUUUAAACGGCUAUCACUAACAUCAGUUCAAACUGUGCGUUGAUCUUAGAGAGUUGCAAACUCGCAGUGUCCAUCUAUGCCUAUAUGUAUCCGAUGGUGUCCGCCAUGGCGUCAUACAGUAGUUUGCUAUCACGGCACAUUUUUUGUUUCUAGGCAACAUUCGACUGAAAGCGAUUUCCCAUCAAGUCAGUGACCAGAGUGCUUGGUCUUUUUGCAGUUGUUUUAAGAGUCGCUGAGUGCUUUUUGCAAUGAAUUUCAAAUGCAAAAGCACUUUUAAGAGCAAAUGGAAGUGAUUUUGGAUAAUUAGCCUUAAGAUAUGAGCGAAAAUCAAGGUUGUAGACGAGUUUGUACUGUAUCAGCUUAGUUGGGUGUCUGUUCUUUAAUGCGAUGAAAUGCAUUGGCGUUAGGUUUCCAUUGUCAAAACAGCAGUCAUUCUUCUGAAAAGUAUCUCUGAAUUCAUGUUUAAUGGGGCUCAAUCAACUUUAUACAGGGCACACUGGCAGAAGUUCUAAGGAAAAGGCUUUUAAUAAAGUAUUAUGAACAUCUUGGCAAUGUGUUUCAUGUGGCGUAGUAGUAAUGAAACAGCCUGGCGUGCAGAAGGUCGGGAGUUCGAUUCCGGGCAGAACUUGUUUUCCUCUUCUCUUCUCUUCUUCUUUUUUGUCCUUUUCCUUUACAUUUAGUCAUCUCUUUAGUUAUUGUAAUUUUGUUUUGUUUCUUUAUAUACGUUAAGUUUUUUAAAUUUAUAAAUUUUCUUUCUUGUUGCCUUAUUUCCCCUUCAACUCCUUGCCGUUCUCCCAUUCUAAGCCGUUCAAUUGGCCUAGAAAACCAUUUUAACGCUUUCCAAAUCCGUUUUCCUCCCAUUUUCAGCCAUCUGUUUUACCUGUUUUUAAGAGAUAUCCAUUAGUGUACGUUUUCCCAUACAAGGUCACAGGUCAUUCAUUUGUAAUGAUUGUUCCAGUCGGAUAAGUGGAUUAACUUCCUUGUGAUGAACAAUGUUUGAUGAUAUUUUCUGUCCUCAGAUCUUCCUGUACGAGAACAAAAUGUUAAACUCAUUGAGUCUAGGUCACAUAAUAAACUCCCAAAAUUAGGACCUUUAGUGGCAUCUGUCCAUUGAUGUCUAACAAAUUCAUGUCUUUUUGCAGGUAAUCUUUUUGAAAGAACUAGUUGGUUUCUCUUUACACUUUCAACUUCACCAGAAAGAUGAGUUUUUUAAGGUUUGUAGAAAUCAUCUCAUUUUAGCAAACAAUUAAUGGCUUAAAUAGUAAUAAAAUAUUGCCCUAUUUAUUCUCACUUGCAUAAGCAGCGAGGCUCAUAAUCUGCAGGCCAUUUUUUUCCGUUCAUAUUUAGUACACAAAAAGGCCAUUCUGGUCCCAGGCAUUCCUAGCGGAGAUGGUGGAAACUGGGAAUAAGAAUCGUUGCGUGACUGAAGCCUUGCAUGUUUUGCGAAGAAAGCUUAGGUUUAGAGCUAACACGCGUACUAAAUCAAUUCCAAAACAAAUAAAAAGUAAAUAUCCAGAACUAGGAAGUGAAAAACCUUUAGCGAGUAAAUCCUGUUUUGUGUAGAAUUAAUCACCUCCUCAUUUCUCGAUCUAAUCUUCAAGCAAGCAAGACUUAACGCCGCUGUAAGACCAAUCUUGCUAGUACCUAUAUUGCUGAUAUCCUGGACCUUAUUUUGUUUAAAGAGUCUUGCUCCUGAAUAAGCAAUUAGUUUAUAGAACAAGGAAUCAUGCUGCUUAUCUCUUUUUCAUGCAUUAAGUAUGUUAUUCAUCGAUGCACCACUUGUAUGACUCAUCACCACCAUUUGCAUGACUCAUGCAAAUUGUACUACUUGAAAGCAAGCUCCCUGUCUGCACUAGUGAGAUGCAGUUUCACCAGUUGUAUGUCAGCUAGAAAGGGCUGCCAGGCUGAUAGCAUUGCACCAAAUCUGCCAAAGCACCUGACUUGUCCCCAGUAAGCUCAUCAUAUGUAGGCGGUCGUGGGAUGAUCAGGGAAGACUAUUACAGCACUGCUUGCCGGCGUCUUCCACAGGCUUACGUCAUAAUGUUUAUGAGAGAGCCGGGAAGACAACUGGGAACUUGUCAGCUUAUGCAGUGGUUCUGGGGCAUCGAUUGAAUUUGUGAUCAUUGUCACUUUAUACUGUGCUGCCUGAAACCCACUCUUCACCUCUCUGAGAAGUUUUAACAUCUAAGCUCAGUUCCAACAAAUCUGCAUCAUUUAUCCCCAGUAAAGUCUUGCACAUCUAAAAUCACCAUUGAAGACAUGAGUUACAGAUAAGAAUCUCAACCAUUCUCGCCAGUUUUUUUUUCAAUUGCCUUCCAAAGAAAAGCACAAAUAUUUGAUGCCAAAAGCAUUAAGGCAUAGUAACUUAGGUAAUCAAUUAUAAUGUUUUAUCUGUGUAUUGUUAUUCCCUCAGGCACUUACACACCAUGGUUUACUUCCUGCCCUAGAAAUGCUGCUUGUAAGUAUAAGUUUACUAAGCUCCAGUAGGAUAAUAGAAAAGAGCAUCCAAGUACAUGCUAUCAUGGGAUAUACUGAUGUUUUUGUGAUUGGGAACUUACUUUAUCCAUAAGGAAAUUGAAAAAUAAAAUGCUCAGGGUUACACUUGUGUAAUUUUAUCUACGGGGUGUGAAGGUAAUUGGCCGUGGGGUUGAAGGUUGACGAUUCACCUCAGGUGCUAAAUCCUAGUUUCGCUGGCUGUUGCUGUUGUCCUUUUGUUGUUGUUGUUGUUUGUUGUUGUUGUUGUUGCUUGGCGGGUGUAUCAUCUCUUGCUACUGAAGAGAUCAAUUUUCGGAGUUACAAUCUCUGUUGCAAAGGUGACAUCUGUGUAAAGUCCUUGGUCUGUUGGAGUUAUUGAGCUUCUUUCUGCUCGCAACACAUUGCUAGUGGUAACCUUGCAUUUAACUUAUCAUUCCCUUAGCCAGGUGUGGGAACCAGGGAAGGGAGAGUCAAAGUAGCAAUAUUAUGGCUCAUAAACAGGAUUAAGCUCCAGUCAUGUUGUGAUGCUUGGUUUGUAGGUGAGUGACAAUGAAGAGCACAGGCUGGCAUCUGUAGAAAUGUUCUCCCAGGUUGUUGACAUCAGUCCUUACCUUGUGAGGGAUUUCAUCAUGAAAGAGGCACAAACACAAGAGGAAGUGAGUACUUUUUCUGAGCAUUUUGUGGCAGGCAAUGUAGUUCCCAGUUUCCCAGCGUCAAAGUUGGAUGUUUUGUGGGUAAAUGCGGACUGUUCUCCAGUUGAACCAGUACUUAGCCAGGUAAUAUCCCUAAUAAGUAGAAGACAGAGGAGGACAGAAUUUACCCACAAAUUAUAGAUACAAGUUACAAGGUGUGCAAUGUUGUAUCACAUGUCCGGUCCUUAAUGGUGUCUCUUUAAACCCAAGCACCCAUCUAUGAUAAAAACUUGGGCAGAUUCAAUUAAAAUAAAGUUAAUAAUAAUGAUAAUAAUAAUAAUAAUAAUAAUAAUUAUUAUUAUUAUUAUUAUUAUUAUUAUUAUUAUUAUUAUUAUUAUUAUUAUUAUUAUUAUUAUUGUUUUACACACAGGGAUUUUGUCAUUUUCACUAUAUUUAUAAACCUUUAAUUUCAGUAGUAAGUCGUUGCCACUGUUAUGUUUUCUAAGUGGGUAAUUUUAUUUAUUGGAUUUCUUUCUUUAGGACAUGCUUAUUAAUCAUAUGAUAGAUUACAUGAUAUGUGAUGGAGAUACAGGUCAGUGGUUGAUAAGAUUAUUAUUAUUAUUUUUGUUGUUGUUGCUGUUGUUGUUGUUAUUUAUCAGCCUCUGUUACUCUUACCUCUGCAUAAAAUUUGAGGGCACAAAGUAUGUUCUAACUUGUUUUGUUUCAUUGUAGGAAAUGCUUACCAACUCUCUCAGCUGAUCAGAACAUUACUUGACCCAGAAAACAUGGCCCUAGGAGCGAAUGUAAGUGCUUUCUUUGACAGAUAAAUGUUUGGCUGCUCUGCUGUGUGGGCAUUUACAACAGUGAUUUUGUUACAAAUAGUUAUGGUGAGUUCUGGGACUCAUCAUGUGCAGUUUUUAUUCUAGACUAGGUCAUUUCCGGAUUCCAGCAUUGGGAGAAUGAGGAGACGAUGGCUAUGAAGACAAUGAAAGAUACACUCCAGCUCAAAAGAGAAAAAUUAUGUUACACUAAGCACUUACACUACCUUGGUUGGGCUAUAUUUCUUGAAAAGGGAGCCCUUUACAAUUAUUUUAGAAGACUGCUCAUAACCCUGAUUGGCCACCCUGUUUUAGUUCAAUUGAGAAUAGCGUCUAAAAAUGAUACCCUGCUCUUUUUUCUGCAGAAAAUGGAGAAGUCUGAAUUCCUGAGUUUCUUCUACAAACACUCUAUGCAUGUUUUGACAGCACCCCUUUUUGCUACGACGUGUGAUGACAAGCCAAGCAAAGGUAAAUAGUCACUGGUCAUUACUUUACAUGUGGCUGGCCUAUUGGAAACCUCCUUGGAAAUCCUCCUGUUUCUACCCAUUCUCAGGAAAACUCCUAGAAUGUAAGUUUUUAUUGAUUGGUUUGGCAUUGGUGAAGGAAUAGACACUGGUGACUUCGGAAAAUUAAGAUUAUUUUCGACCAUUCGUGCAUUUCACUUAAUCAGUGGAUUGUGUUAUAACACAUGGCCAAGGCUUAGUUGGACAGUUUCAUAUGAGUUAUUCUGAUUAUUUUAUCAAUCUGAGCCUCAAGUUGGUGACUUUGUUUACAAGAAUGCAGGGUGGUCUGUUAAGAGCAUUCUGUUGGUAGUAAAAUGUGCAAUUUUGUUUUGCGGGUGUUCAUGGAAUAAUGCUGUCAGUGAUUCUUGAUGUUAAGUCCCAAUAUCCUUUAGUUUCAGAAACAAAAUGCAAGGAAGUUUGUUUACUAGGAUUUAAUCAAAAGUCAUGUACAGCUCUUUUCCAUGUCUCUUCAUUUUUGAGCUGAAAAACUCCCGGAAUUUCUCUCUCAGCAGUAUGGACCCUGUUAAAUGUAUCUGUGAUGAGCCAUUCUCUCAAUUUUUUGCAGAUGACUAUGUUAACAGUGUGACACUUGGACACAUCCUUGAACUUUUGACCUUCUGCAUCGAGCAUCACACAUAUCACAUAAAAAACUAUGUCAUAAAUAAAGACCUCCUCAGAAGAGUGCUAGUACUGAUGAAGUCACGUCACAAGUUCCUGGUGUUAAGUAAGUUUACUUUUUUACUUAAAUCAUGACAUUCAUUUUCAACACUGUGACAGGGAAUGAAACAGGAAUUGCAUCCUUUGAUAUCAACCUCUCAGUUACUCACCCAGCCCAUGAAGGGUUAACCACAAGUCUGGAGUCUAUGUCCCCUACUCUCUUCUAACAGCUGUGUGUAUUUGUUUGAAUCCCAUGUCAAUCAGAACAGGGGAAGUGUUGUGAGAUGGAACUGCAAUGGAGGUCAAAAGUGUUGGGACCUUUCCAGUGAUAUUACUAAAACUAGUGACCCCUCCCCUCCCACCCCAAACAAAGUUGAAUUUGGAGCAAAAUGGGUGAAACUGAGUGCUUUUCUGGCCACAACAUUGCUAGGGGAAGUGGGGGCGGGGGGACGACAGGGUGAACCCAAAGCCGCACAAAAAAUUGUCCUUAGGAGCAGAGUCCUACAGGACUAUUGCUUGGAAGGGCUUUUUCACACAGUCCCAAGUUCUUUUGUCCUCCAUUGUAGGAUUGUUAGUCUUAGUCUGGUCAUUAGAGAGUUUAUUAUAAGCAACCAUAAUGGUGACAGCAAAGAAAAUGUCAAUUAAGAGGUGAAUUUGGGCUGUUUGUGUGCAGUUUGUUAAUACCAGACAGAAGAAUCACUUGGGACACUACAUUUUGGAGAACCUCGACUGCGCAGAGAUCAUUUUUCUAUCGUGCAAUAGUAUCAUAGAAUAAGUUAAACGAGGAUACUAAGAACAGCUUGAAUGUUGAUCUAUUGUGAACAUUGAACAUUGUGCCUGUAGGGAACUUUGGGCAUCUAUACUUUGACUUAUGUGAUGUUUUUAGGAUCAUAUCUAUGUUAGUUCAUCUUGAUAACUUGUAGCAGUUUUUUAAGAUUAUUGUAAUUUUUAUUAUAAGGUUUCUUCUGAUGAUUGUAAAUUAACUUUGAAAUUUCCAAUUUGGGAUAUGUUAAUAAACUUAUUGUAUUGUAUCUUAUUGUAAAGGUGCACAUGAACCAAAGGCUCAAACGGCCGGAGCUAAUCCCAGUUUCUUUAGCAUGAAGCAUGCCCAGGAGUAUUGCUACUCUCCCCUGGAUGGGAUGCUAGUCCAUGGCUAUGGGGGGGUGGGGGGGCUUUUAACUGGAUGUAUUUUUUUGUUUACAGGAAGAUGGGCCUAAAACUGGGACGGGGGGAGGGAGGGGUAAAAGGGUACGUUUACCAUGGACCUUUCAUUUUCUUAUUAUUUGACAGAAAGUCAUUGGUCUAUGUAACCAGCUGACUCCCCUUCCAUCCCUCCUCCUCCCGCUCAGCGCUCAGGUAACAUUUUGUGUACACUGGCAAAUGAGAAAAAAAUGUUUGCUAACUUUAACAUUUACAUUUUGUGUUCCCUUCGUUAGACUCACUUCGAUUUCUCAGAAGAAUAGUUGGACUUAAGGAUGAGUUUUAUAACCGCUACAUAGUCAAGGGCCUGCUGUUUGAGCCGGUAAUUUGUGCAUUUAAAGAGAAUGGGCAAAGAUACAAUCUGCUGAAUUCAGCCAUUGUAGAACUGUUUGAAUUUAUCAGAGCGGUGAGUAUGAAAUGUUAAUAAGACAUGAUUAUAAUAAGUGAUUGUAUCUAAAAGUUGUUCUAUUUUAUUUUUGUCACACUAUAUUCUAGAAUUUUUUCAUGUUCAAAUCAUUUCGUCUGUUGAAGAUGGUAGUUCAGGCAGUCGGAAGCUUGUAUUUUAUAAUAAAUUUUUCAAAUUAUGUUUGAAAUAUCACUGAAGUGUAGAAAGUACUAGUUUUGCUCUGAGAUCAAAGGAAGAACUCUUCAUCAGCAGAAAUUCCUGUUGAUGAGGGUAUCAAAUUUUUUAUAAGACCCUUUCGAUUGUUCUUCUAGGAGGAUAUAAAGAGUUUGUGUACCCAUGUUUGCUCAAAGUACACAGAGUUCUUUAAAGAUGUCACUUAUGUCAGUACAUUUAAAGGGCUUCUGCAGAGGGAUGAACAGGAGAAAGACAGAAAACAGAAUAACAGAAUCCUUGAAAGGUAUGUUUGUCAGCAGAUCUGGUUUUUAAGGAUGUCAACACUAUUUUCAACAAAGAUCUUUUUUAUGCCCAUAAAUCACUGCCAAGUUGGUCGAAGCAUGAUUAGUUUUAAUCCUGGGUUAACUGGAAACAGAGUAAAUAAUUAUUGUAAUUAGAUGAGUGACUUAUUUUCAGUUUUUUGAACCUUGUGAAUAUUUUUAGACUGUUCACAGUCCCCUGAUUUUUCCGUAACCUCAUCAGCAUUGAGUGCUUUUUGUUACGGGCAGCCAUCUUGGUUUCAGUUGUUCUGAGUUUCACCUGGGGAUGAGUGUCACCCUGACGCCCUCCCCCUUGGUACAUAUGAAAGCAAAAUGGCCGAUUAUACCAGUAAGUGCUCAAUCUGGAAGAUCUUACAAAAAAAUAGUAGAUUGUGAACAGUCUAGAUUAGUUUGGACUAUUCACUCGAGUGCGUCUUGGACAUUUGCUACCUGGCAAUUUAUUGGUCAAAUGGUUGAUGCUGGUAGAUGAUGAUGAUGUACUUGGUCUUUGUGACAUUACAGUUAACACCUGCAUAAAAGAACCAACUUUAUUAAGUCUGGCAAAAUAGCUUCUUGUAUUUUGGGGUACUUAUUGGCAAUUAAGGCUAAGUAGGUUCUUAAUUUUUAUGAAGGAGACCAAUAGAUUGUUCAUUUGCAGAAAAAUAAAACAAAAAUUGGGUUUGGUCCUUAAAAAAAUAUAGUUUGCAAUUGUAUUAUUGUAACCCUAACACAACUGAUAACUGAGUAUGUAUGCAGUUUGGUACACUUACAGUAAUGUUCUUUUUAUACUUUUAUUACAUCCACUUUGAAAUCACUGGCUAUCCAUGCAAUCUGAUUGGCUCUCAGCGGUGUGAUUUAUUCCUAAAGCGCACCAUUUUUUGCUCUAAAUCGCAUCUGUUCCAAAUCGCAUCAUUCAUGUUCUAAAUCGCAUCAAUUCUGUUUUAAAUCGCACCAUUUUUGUUCUAUAUGGCAUCAUUUCUGUUUGGAAUACAAAAUGAGAUGUAAAAGCCUUUUUGUUUUGGCUUUUUAACAAACUGACUACUUGAUCAAUAAAAUAUUAGUACUGACUAAAUUCUGCGAUUUCAAAAUGGAAGUAAUAUAGUGGUAAUUGAACUUCGUGUCGUGCAAUUUUGGUCUGGAAUCAUACUUGUGAUUUCGAAUCGAACUCGCGCUGCGCGCUCGUUCGAUUUUGAAAUCCCGCAUAUGAUUUCAGACCAAAUUGCACUCCACUCAGUUCAAUUACCAUUAUAAAUUUACAAUCUCAAAGUAACUCCUUGGUUAAAUUGUUUAUCAUUACCCACAUAUAAAAACCUGCUUGGUCUUGCGUGGCUUAACAGGUUCUUGUAUUUUUGGGUAUAAGGUGGCAAAUUUCUGCCAGGAGGAUUUUAAUCCACAGGUUCUUAUAUGCGGGUGUUUACUGUAUAUCACUGACUUUUACUUGCAGCAGAGGUGGCAUGAACCAUGGAAUCAUUCAUGUGAACAGCCGGUUCAGACGAGAUGUGCGCACGCUGGAAGAGGAAGAAGAGCAUUGGUUUGAUCAGGAAGAUGAAAAUGGAGAGGAUAGUGUCAUGAUGGAACAGAGUGAUCUCCUCUCUGAUGACUCUGUGUUUAAGAGUAGAAAAUCCUUUGUCAGUGAAAAACCAGCUCAAUCAAUUGUCAACAACAAGCGGGUAAGUGUGGUAGCUAUUUAUUUAUACAUGAGCAAGUUGAAAUCAACAAUAAAACCAAACCCCCUUUUAGUGUAGUCAUGGCUGUAUAAUAUUCAAGUUCAGAAUGGUGAGAAUAAACUGUCAAAACAAGGGGAUGAAGAUUAACAUCUAAUAACAAAUUAAAAGUAUGCCUCAUAAUGAACAAACAUGUCUACCAAACAUAUUAUGUUCUAGACAAAAUAUGAGCAGGAGAUCUGUAUCAGAAGUUAAUGAAUACUUAUUGGCUGAGUAAGUUUUUGUAACAGAAGUUAAAUGAUCCUGUUUAAAAAUUCGUCAACCCAGUUGAUUUGCAUUGGAACUUACAGAGGUGUUCAUGUGACUCAAAUACCUCUUCUGGAUUGCUAUACAACAUAUAUGAAUAAUUAACAAAAUUGCAGAUAGCGAAAAAAAACUGCUUGCGAACAGGUUUUCAAAAUCCACGAUUUCAGUCUGUUUUAAUCUUCAGUGUUGUUCGUCUAUUCCUUCUUUUGUAUUAUUUUGUUGUGUUAUGUGAUUUGUUGGCAAGAGCCAGCUCAUAUGAAGAUUCAGUAUCACAGACGCUUGUAACAAAGCCAUUUGUUGUUUUUUGAACAGCCAUUAAUUGGCCUUGUCGAUUACCCUGAUGAUGAAGAAGACGAUGAGGAGGAAGAUGCCACCACCAGUCCCGCCAAAAGAGCUCGACUAAAUGCCUCCUAGCAUUUGCUUACAUGGGCUUAAGGGAGCAGGUACAGGUUACCAUGGCUACCAUAGCAGGCCUCAUGGAGUGGAAAUGCCAGUCAUGUCAUAUGUCCAUCGCAAUGUAUCCAGAGCGUAAAGAUACCCCAAAGUUGAGCUUUUAUGUCCCCUGGGAAGCUUGAUCACUGUGCACAUGCUGUAGUUUUUGGAUUUUAUUUUAUUUUGUUUACCUCUACUGACCUCAUUUUAAAGUAAUUUCUUUUAAUUUUUCACAUUCUAACUACAUUGUUGGGGCUGAUUAGCAUGAAUAUAAACAAAUAAUAAUUUAUUGGCUGUCAUGCGAGUGGUAUAAUAUUUUUCAUCUUGUGGUAUAAUAUUUUUCUUCUUGUUGUUUGUUGCUUUUGUAUUGUGGUGUGGACAUUGUUAGUCUUUUCAACAUUGGUGGCUGAAAACUGGACAGUUCAGUUCACAUAAAAUUGAUGACUUCAAAGAGUAUCCUUAAGAAGUGCAAAUGCGCAGUAUCUUUUAAAUUAUUAUUAUGACCGAAUAUACAUCCCUCUCCCACAGUUUCUAAUGCUUAGACACCGUCUCGUGGUAUAAAAUUUUUGGAUAUUUUAAGAUUUAACCCCCUUACACCUGAGAAUGUUCAUGACGAAAGAAGUUUAUACUUGGGAACUAAUGACAACAUUAUGAGGCUGGCCUCAAUAUAUUCAUAUUGUGGUAAACAAAUAACUACAUAUACAGUCAUAUCCAAAAACUACAGCAAAUUGCAAGCACUUCAGAGAUAAACUGCGUCGUGAUGAUUACAGCUGUUUCGAGAAAGGUUGUCGGAAAAGGUGCACGCGACAAUCCCUUUCUCGAAGUAGCUGUAUAAACUUACCUUUAUUUUCUUUUAGUCCUGCACGUCUUCACUUUCUUUCUCGGUAGAAAGACACGCACCCUUUCAAAACUCGUGGCCUGCAAGCAAACUGUCUAUUUUGAAAUCGCGCGAGUGAGCUACGAAUCUCGCGCGUGAGCUUAUUGUCCGUUGAGCACCUACAACUCGUGGUCAUCACUUUGUACUCUUUUUUAGCGGAAUUGCGCGUGUGUCGCGUAAGAGCGUUUUGUCACUGAAUUGCCUCAAACAGUAACCAACGAUCAAGCCGCCCGAGAAUAAUUUCCAUGAUAAAGAGAUAAUACGUUUUUAGACUUUAAAUUAUUCAUCAUAGACUUAUAACUUGACACCUUCAGGGGAAUUGUUACAGCUGACCCGCCGUCAUGAAAUGUUUUUAAGCCUGCAAUCGAGCGUAACUCAGUUGCACAUUUUUAACUCCGAGUUUGUGUACAGAUUUUUUCUUUGUAAAUUUAAAAUCCUCGAAAUAGUACCUUUGAUUACGAUUACUUUAAUACCAGACCUUCCCUAUUUUGCAUUUUGCUUUAGAAGUUUCUGUGCAACAGUUAGCCUCAUAAGCAGGGGGUGUUUAUGUUGCGUGCUAAUCACCAGUCACGAUUACACCUUCUAUAGUAGUUUUUGCUUUCACAGGCACACUUUGUAACUGAAUUUUUUUUUCCAGUGAAAAAGCCUGUUAAGAAACUACGUCUAGCCCCUUAAAUUUGGUGCGCUAAAUAAAUCUUUCUAGUAUUGAUAUCCAGAUCUCUGACAUAUCCAUCAUAAAAUCCUAAGGCCAUUUCCUUUAAUGACCAAUUCAGUAAAUGAAUAGCUAUCAUUACAGGCAUGAGCAAAGAGUAAUUUUUAAGUCGAGUUUUGCCAAGCGAUUUUUAGUUAGUUUAUGAGUGAAUUCUCCUUUUCUUUGUAUCUUUCGUUCAUGCACGCAAUAUUCACCUCCAUGCAGUUUUGAUCCUUUAAAUAAAAGACAAGCUACCAAACAUUCCUGAAAUUCCUUUGGGUUGUAGAACGGGAUUACCGAGUGAAUUUAACUUAAUAUAUAUUCUCUAUACUUUGUGGGUAUUCGUCGUGUUUUAUGAAAGGAUUCUUUAGUUCUUAAGUUAACAACUCGUAGAAGUAUUUUUACAGAUGGCAGGUGUUUUCAAUGAAAGUAGUCUAAAACGAAAAGUAUGUAGAUGACGCCUCUAUUUGUCAAACUAGUGUAUUUAUAUCCCGCAAAGUAUUUCAUUAAACUGGACUUAAGAG